UGAGAUAGAGUCUUCUACCACGCAUUUUAAAGAUGGGGAAACUGAAGCACUAUGGAAACAACUCCCAAGAUCACAAAGAGGCAGAACUAGGAUUUGAACUCAGAGUCUUAGAACUCAGAGAGUCAUUAGGAUUAAAAACAGACUUUAGCAAAGCAGCCUUACAUACCCUGUCACAGCACCCCUUGCCAACACACACACACACACACACACACACCCCUACUCCCACCAUGCCAGUGACUGUCUUUUCCAGCAAAGAGCAAUGUAAUCUCCUUUCAGGAAACAAAAUCUGACCAAUUUAGUUAGGGAGAGAAGACAGGCUGAGAAUAGACAAGCAAGUGAAAGUAAAAAUCAAACUUGCUGAAAACAGGAAGUAGAGAAAGCAGGCUGGAUGCUGUGAUCAGAGAUGGAACACAGUAGAUGUCAGGCACUGAUUCCUUGUUUGUGAGAUAUUUUAAAACAAGAAUGUAAAAGAAAAUAGUUGGAAGUGCGCUCGGCGGCCCCGUGGAUCUGUCUCUUGCUUUAACAGUGCUUGGACGGAACAGACCCAGGGACGCCCCUUGCUCCAGCCUCCGACCACCCUCCAACCUUUUUUCCAGUCGCAACCUCCGGAGUCAGCCACUCAGUUGUCUGCAAUCACGGGGACCAGUCACCAUUUUUUAACUCCUUAUUACCAACCAAUCAUGAGCUCCCAGAUUCAUCAGAAUUAUUCUACCGAGGUGGAGGCUGCCGUCAACCGCCUGGUUAACAUGCAACUGUGGGCCUCCUACACCUACCUCUCUCUGGGCUUCUAUUUUGACCGCGACGAUAUGGCCCUGGAGGGUGUCGGUCACUUUUUUCGCGAAUUGGCCAAGGAGAAGUGCGAGGGCGCGGAGCGUCUCUUGAAACUGCAAAACCAACAUGGCGGCCGCGCCCUCUUCUUGGACGUGCAGAAGCCAUCUCAAGAUGAGUUGGGUAAAACCCAGGACGACGCUAUGGAAGCCACCCUUCUCGUAGAGAAGAACCUGAAUCAAGCCCUGUUGGAACUGCAUGGCCUGGCUUGUACCCGUGGAGACCCCCACAUCUGUGACUUCCUGAAGAAGCACUUCCUAGAUGAGGAAGUGAAACUCAUCAAGAAGAUGGGUGACCACCUGACCAACCUCUGCAGGCUGGCUGGUCCCCAGGCUGGGUUGGACGAGUAUCUCUUCGAAAGGCUCACCCUCAAGCAUGACUAGGAGCUUCUGGAGACUGGUGGCCAUUGAAGAACCCACCUAACAUCAGGGCUGCCUGAAGCCCCUCUCUGCAGCCAUUAGGCAGCUUUUUAACACCCUGGAGCCCUCUCUCAAGCCUUGGACCAAAUGGAAACAAUAAAGCUUUUUGCAGAAAAAAAAAAAAGAAAGAAAA